AUGUUAAAAACAUUUGUAAUAAUGUUAUUUGUUGUUGGGAUGAUCCAAACCACGAUGUGUGAAUACGUUGAAGACGGUGAGGACUUCCAACUUUUCGAUCAAAAUGAAGGACAAGAGCAAGAAGCUCAAGCAGCACCGAAACAAGAACAACUCCCACCUGGACAAAAGUUGCUCAUGCAAAUUCAGGAAUUGUUACAAUCGACACAACAAGCACUCGAACUCGCGAAACAACCACUUCCAGUAGUCCAAAAACAAGUCGAUAUUCCAACUGUUCCUCCACGUGUCACUGUUCAACAACUGUUCCCUUCUACAACACCAGAAACACAACCAAAAGCUCAACAGCAACAAGAACCACAGACAGAACAACAAACACAACCACAACAAGAACCACAGGAACAAGCAGAAGCCUCAUAA